ACACCGAGCUUUCACGUGUAACGCGCAAGUACGAUAGCCAUAUCCAGCAAGCACUGCCCUUCUUCAGUUUUUUUUUCCUUUUGACGUCGCUGGUGUCAUUUCCGGGUGCUUUAUGUUUCUGUUUUCGCUUAUUACUGUUGGAGAAGUGAAGGAAGAAAUAUAUGGGGAGGUAUGGGUGAGACCAUCCCAGCAAUAACGGUAUUUCUGUCGAAUACAUCUGUUGCGUUUGGGCAGACGAUGGACGCCGAAAAACUUCAGUCACAAGGCACAGCAUUUGAAAAUGUGGAGCUGGGAAAUACUGGGAAGAAGAAGAAAAUUCCCAGAAGAAUCAUCCACUUUGCUAGUGGAGAGACCAUGGAAGAGUAUAGCACAGAUGAGGAUGAGGAAGUGCAAGAGAGAAAAGAUUUGCUCCCUUCUGUUGACCCAUUCGAUGAAUUUUAUAAAGCAGUACCAGAGGACUUCUGUGAUUUCCUUGGGGAGAAGAUGGCAUCUCUCUUUGGUAUAAGCACUCCUAAAUACCAGUAUGCUAUUGAUGAAUACUACAGGAUAAAGAAGGAGGAAGAGGAAGAAGAGAAGGAAAACAGUAUGUCAGAGGAGGCAGAAAGACAGUAUCAAGAUAGAGUUAAGAAGCAACAGGAGACAUCAGCUGCUCAGACAGGCCAGCCAGAAACAGGAACAUCAUUUAUAAAUGUUACUUUUGAAGCAGAAAGUGAGCAGACUGCUGCUGUUGAUGGAAACAAACAGAGCUCAUCUCCUGUCCUGGCUUAAUUCCAUUGGUUAUGCAUUUCAUCAGUUUUUAUUUGGAAGCUGGCAAGCAGAAGGUUUCUCCUGAUAAAGUACUGGAAUUAGUUUGGAACAUGAGUAUUGCUCACAUCCUGGAGUGCUUCUUGCUUGUGUGAGAUGCGUAUUGCAUUGCCUAGUGUACAUUUGGAUAACUUAUUUAUGAAGCUAAUUUGAUUGAUGCUAUAAUAAUAAAACCACUAGAGCCUUUUAGCACUGAAAUUAUCUUCUUAAGAUGCCAAAAGUUAAUUCAUUAGCCCAAAAUGCAUGACUGUUUUGCAGGUGUUUUCACCAGUAUUAAAGUAAUUGACUCGU